CAGAGUUGAUGCCUGCCAAUCCGCGAGCCGACUUCAGCCGCUAUAACUGGACUCAAGCAUUCGUAUGGUUGCGCGAGUUUCGCAUCUUGUCCUUCAAUCAGUUUCUUCAACCGCAUCCAUCCGUGCGGCAAAAAGUGCUCGGCGCACACAGCUGCGGCAGGACGGGAGGAGCAACACAGCUUAAGCACGCGUGCAGCAGCACAGGUGGAACAACACAGCUUAAACACGCGUGCAGCAGCACAGGAGGACCAACACACAGCAAGAAGCACAAAAACCACAAUGCCAGCAAAGGGGCGGAGGAGACGCGCCAUCGCAUGCCUCGCCGCCGCCGCGCCGACGACCAAGGCGUUGCGCCUCGGCGGGCUGCGCCGGCCGCGGCCGCCUCCGUCGAUCCCGCGGGCCGGCGCCGAGACGGUGGCUGAACACAUCGCCGAGGACCCGCGGCACACAGAGGCGAUGCGCGAGGAGGUCGUCGUGUCGUCGGCGAUGACGGCGCGCGAGUGCGUACGGCGCGUGCGGGAAGCGCCGGCGAGCUGGGGCCGGUCGGGCCGCGUCUGGGUGAACGGCCAGGACGGGCGCUUCGCCGGCUACGUCGGCGCGUCGCAGCUCUUGCUGGCCGAGCCGGACGCGUCGCUCGCGUUUCUCGCGAAGCCGCCGGAAGCCGUGCUGCGCGCGGACGAGGAUUUAGAUGAUGCGCUGGCAAGGGUCGUAAACCGGGGCGGUAGCGGCGCGUUGCCCGUCGUCGACUCGAACGGCGCGCUCGUCGGCGCGCUCGCGCCGGGCGAGGUCAUGGUCGAGCUCGAGCAGGCGGUGACCGAAGACGUCGCUCGCUACGCCGCCACGGGCGCGGGCGAGUCGUACUUCGGGUCGCGCAUCCAAGACCUGGUCUGCGCGCGCGGCGCGUGGCUCGCGGCGCUGCUCGUGCUGCAGUCGGCCUCGUCCGUGGUCCUGGGCAAGUUCGAGGGCCUGCUGCAGCGGCACCUCGCCCUGGCCCUGUUCCUGACGAUGCUGACGGGCACCGCGGGCAACGCGGGCAACCAGACCUCGGCGUUGGUUAUCCGGGGCCUCGCGACGGGCGAAAUUCGCGCCGGGCGCGACUGGCGGCGGGUGCUCUGGCGGGAGACGCGAGUGGCGCUGCCCCUCUCGAUCGCGCUCGGCCUCGCGGCGUUCGGCCGGGUUGUGGCCGCCGUACCGGGAAGAAUGGCGGUACGGACGGCUGGCGUCGUCGCUUUUGCCACGACGUCGACGAUCCUCGCCGCGAUUUUGGUGGGCGUCGGGGCGCCGCUGCUCCUGGACGCGGUCGGCGUAGACCCUUGCAACUGUGCUUCGCCGGCGCUGGCGACGGCGGUCGACCUCCUCGGCGUCGUGUUUCUCUGCGUCACGGGGCAGCGGUUCCUGAAAUAAAAUACUACAGUAGA